AUGGCGGAUCGCCCAGAGUCACUGCGUGACGCCAAGCGCCGGCGCGCAUUCACGGAUCUCCCCGCGGAGCUGGUGGAGGCGGUGCUGCGCCGCUGCCUGCAGUCGCCCGCCUGCUCGCCGCGCCAAUACGCGCACACGCUCCUCGUCACCUGCGCGCACGGCAGUGCAGCUGCUGCUGAGAGCAGCGCAGGGCGGCGACAUUGCAUCGCUGGUGGAGCUGGCGCACUGCGUGCAGCACGGCGUGGGGGCGCGGAGCAACGAGCGCAUGGCCCACUUGCUGCUCGCCCGUGCCCGUGCCUUGCAGGUGCUGCGAACGGAACAGGGGCGGCGAGGGGAGCAAGGCGAGCAAUUGUGGAUGGACCGACAGCAGCAGCAGCAGCAGCAGCAGCAGCAGCAGCAGCAGCAGCAGCAGCAGCAGCAGCAGCAGCAGCAGCAGCAGCAGCAGCAGCAGCAGCAGCAGCAGCAGCAGCAGCAGCAGCAGCAGCAGCAGCAGCAGCAGCAGCAGGAGCAGGAGCAGGAGCAGGAGCAGGAGCAGGAGCAGGAGCAGGAGCAGGAGCAGGAGCAGGAGCAGGAGCAGGAGCAGGAGCAGGAGCAGGAGCAGGAGCAGGAGCAGGAGCAGGAGCAGGAGCAGGAGCAGGAGCAGGAGCAGGAGCAGGAGCAGGAGCAGGAGCAGGAGCAGGAGCAGGAGCAGGAGCAGGAGCAGGAGCAGGAGCAGGAGCAGGAGCAGGAGCAGGAGCAGGAGCAGGAGCAGGAGCAGGAGCAGGAGCAGGAGCAGGAGCAGGAGCAGGAGCAGGAGCAGGAGCAGGAGCAGGAGCAGGAGCAGGAGCAGGAGCAGGAGCAGGAGCAGGAGCAGGAGCAGGAGCAGGAGCAGGAGCAGGAGCAGGAGCAGGAGCAGGAGCAGGAGCAGGAGCAGGAGCAGGAGCAGGAGCAGGAGCAGGAGCAGGAGCAGGAGCAGGAGCAGGAGCAGGAGCAGGAGCAGGAGCAGGAGCAGGAGCAGGAGCAGGAGCAGGGAGGCAGGAGCAGGAGCAGGAGCAGGAGCAGGAGCAGGAGCAGGAGCAGGAGCAGGAGCAGGAGCAGGAGCAGGAGCAGGAGCAGGAGCAGGAGCAGGAGCAGGAGCAGGAGCAGGAGCAGGAGCAGGAGCAGGAGCAGGAGCAGGAGCAGGAGCAGGAGCAGGAGCAGGAGCAGGAGCAGGAGCAGGAGCAGGAGCAGGAGCAGGAGCAGGAGCAGGAGCAGGAGCAGGAGCAGGAGCAGGAGCAGGAGCAGGAGCAGGAGCAGGAGCAGGAGCAGGAGCAGGAGCAGGAGCAGGAGCAGGAGCAGGAGCAGGAGCAGGAGCAGGAGCAGGAGCAGGAGCAGGAGCAGGAGCAGGAGCAGGAGCAGGAGCAGGAGCAGGAGCAGGAGCAGGAGCAGGAGCAGGAGCAGGAGCAGGAGCAGGAGCAGGAGCAGGAGCAGGAGCAGGAGCAGGAGCAGGAGCAGGAGCAGGAGCAGGAGCAGGAGCAGGAGCAGGAGCAGGAGCAGGAGCAGGAGCAGGAGCAGGAGCAGGAGCAGGAGCAGGAGCAGGAGCAGGAGCAGGAGCAGGAGCAGGAGCAGGAGCAGGAGCAGGAGCAGGAGCAGGAGCAGGAAGCAGGAGCAGGAGCAGGAGCAGGAGCAGGAGCAGGAGCAGGAGCAGGAGCAGGAGCAGGAGCAGGAGCAGGAGCAGGAGCAGGGAGCAGGAGCAGGAGCAGGAGCAGGAGCAGGAGCAGGAGCAGGAGCAGGAGCAGGAGCAGGAGCAGGAGCAGGGAGCAGGAGCAGGAGCAGGAGCAGGAGCAGGAGCAGGAGCAGGAGCAGGAGCAGGAGCAGGAGCAGGAGCAGGAGCAGGAGCAGGAGCAGGAGCAGGAGCAGGAGCAGGAGCAGGAGCAGGAGCAGGAGCAGGAGCAGGAGCAGGAGAGGCGGCAGCAAGAGCAGCGGAAGCGGGUGCUGUAUGGCGCUUGGAAUUGUGCGCUGAGACAAGCAGAGGAUGUGAAAUCCCAGGUGCUGUCAGCACUGCCAACUGCGCAACUGGCAACAACACAAGAAGCACAGCUGCCACUCAUCCCACCAGUAGCAGCACACGAGCCACUUAACCCACCAGCAGCAGGACACGAGCCACUAAUCCCACCUGCAGCAGGACACGAGCCACCCACCCCACCAGCAGCACAAGAGCCAAUUUUUCCAGCAGCAGCAGAAUAUGCGCCACUCACCUCUGCAGCAGCAGAACUAACAGCACACGAACUGCACAUUUCAGCACCACCAGCACUCGCGGCACCCGCCCCAGCAGCAGCAACCGCAUGGCCACAGCAGCAGUGGCUGCCAGUGCCACGUCACCCCAUCCACUCCUUUCUGCUGAGAUGGCGCAAGCAGGAGGAAGAGCUGGUGGCACAUGCGCAACUGCAACAGCUGCUGGAGCAGCAGCAAUGCUUACAAUGUAUGCAACAUCAAGAACUGCUGCUAUUGGAUAGCAUACAUGAGACUCAGCAGCAACCACCACUUCCACACACACCACCAACACGAGCACUACGACACCUGCUGCUGCACCAACACGCAUCUGCCCUACUAAUAACAGCGCGGCAGCACCAGCUGCUGAGCCAGCCGCAGACAUGUGGGAAUCGCGAGUGCGGGAGGAGGGAGAUGAGUGCAGGGUCCUUCCGACGCUGCGCGGGGUGCCGUGUCGCGUACUGCUCUAGGAGUUGUCAGUUGGAGGAAUGGGCAAGAACGCGUGGGGCUCUGGCUGAGACAGUGUUCCCAUAA